UGUUACUCUGAUCGACCUGUCAACAUGUAGCUCUGCACACACACACACACACACACACACACACGGAAGUGCACUAGUUCUUACAGAAAUUAAAGCUGGAUACUGGGGGAUUUUGGAUGUCGACAUACAUAACCACGACUGAUAUUUGGUGUCAAAACAAUCCUGCUGAGCCGGUGAUGUGCUCCGUGUAGACGCCUCCUUAACUCUGCGAGGGUCUGUGUCUCAGCUGGGCCUCGAGCAACAUGCAGAGGGACACUUCACGAGUCCUGGCUGCAACGUUCCUACUUUACUGGAUUCCACCUUGUGCGUGUCACUCAACACCAGGACGACCCAGACUCACAGGUUGUCGAUCUCCAGAUAAGGAGACCUUCAGCUGCUGGUGGGAGCCUGGCUCAACUGGUGGACUGCCAACUAGUCACCGUCUUUUCUACAGAAAAGAGAGAUCUGAAGAGGUCUUUGAAUGUCCAGACUACCACAGUGCAGGGAACAACUCAUGCUUCUUUGACAAAGCCCACACAUCCAUAUGGAUCUUUUAUAACAUCACAGUCAUGGCCUCUAAUAGCUACGGCAACACCUUUUCUGAGCCUGUAGAAGUGGACGUCAUGGAUAUCGUACAGCCUCACUCUCCAAGAAACAUGACUUUGUCUCUGAUGGGAGUGAAAGACAACCCAUAUUUUCUGGUGAAGUGGGAAGCCCCGCAAGACAUCGACACUCGUUCAGGCUGGGUUACUGUCAAAUAUGAAGUGCGAGUAAAACAGGAGCAUGGUGGCCAAAAGCAAGUCAGUGAUUGGGAGAUGUACACUGUUGGUAAGCAAAAGGAACUCAGCAUCUUCAGUCCAAAACCUGGGGGAAAUUAUACUAUACAAGUGCGCUGUAAACUAGACGAAGGCCAGUGGAGUGAGUGGAAUUCUCCGAUGUUCAUCCAAAUGCCAUACGACUCAGAAAAAGAAAAGCCAAUUUUGAUCUUCAUAGCUAUUAUUAGUGCCUUCAUUGCAUUGGUCACUGUUGGAAUACUAACAGCCAAAAGAAAACAUGUUAAGCAUUUCUUACUGCCCCCUGUUCCAGGACCAAAGAUCAAAGGCUUUGAUAGCCAACUUUCAACGACACAAAAGCCAGAAGAUAUAUUCAGUACCUUCAACUUGCAGAGCAUCCUUCCAGUGCCAGAGUGUCUGGAACAGGUGGAGUAUCUUGUAGUGCUUGACAGCGAGGAAGAAAGUGAGAAUCCAGGAAGUAAGGCUUAUGCAGAACGACAAGCAACAGCUCAGAGUGCAUCCGAUCAGAAGGCAUGGAAUGAACUUGAUGUCACUGACCAUAAAAGGAAUUUACCAGCUCUUGCAUACAACUGUCAAGAUUCUGAUCCUGAAUCUACAGCUUCACAACACUCAGAUCAUUUCAGCACAUACAGUGUGCCUCAGAAUAAACCUGACAUUUACCAAAACAGUCCUUGGGGCAUAUUUCACAAAAAUAUAGCAAGGAACUCUCAAACAUGUGAUGUUGAGCAGAAUGAAGUCAGCAUCACUCCUGCUGGACUGAUGGAGCAUGCUGACCAAAAGCAGAAGGCAGACUGUAAGCAGAAGCUCACAAAAGAACAAGAGGAGGACUACAGCAAAGUCAGUGGGAUUUACAGUGAAACUGUGCUUGUGAUUCAGAAAGACAGCAGCCCUGUUCAGAGACACGAAAAGAGGAGCAAUGAUGAUCCAAGCAAAAAAAUCAAGCUUCAAAUCGCUUCCACAGAUAAGGAUCCCACAGAUAUUCAGGAUUACGUGGCUGCAUUGUAGGAUAUGUUUUGAACUGGGAAAUGUGAGAUUGGACCCGUGAUCAAAAUUCAGACACUUUUGUUACUAAUAUCUCAGAACUCUGUGAAUGUUUCUGUACAUUGUUACUAGUAAUACAAACAGUACUAACACCUGUACAUUGAUUGGCUCUGCCAUAGACAAAGUUUGCUUUGUUAACAACAGACUUUGAAUGAAAAAUUGUGAAGAUGAACUGUAAAAAUGGACUUGUGAAGGAUGCAAAAUGGUAUAAAGUUGAAAUACUCUAACAUUUUAAGCACACUGUAUUUACAAUGACAGAACACUCAAAUUACUAGCAAAUGAAUCUAAAACAAAAGAAAAUGACACGAUACAAAAAUUAAUUAUUAUUAUUAUUAUGACCUACCACAUUAUAGAACCUAUAGAACCCACUGUAACAGUUUAAAACACUAAUUUAUCAGCUACAUAUUUAGUAAUAGUGCUUUAAACUUUAGUGCUUUAAACUAAGUUCCAAAUACCAAGUAUUGCCACAGUAGAAAAGCUGCUCAUGUUUUUCACAAGUGGCUCAUUCUAUUAGCUCUUAUCUUAUUGGUGCCUCAAAUCUGAAGGUGUUGAAUACUUUUUUAAAACAGUGGUUCUAUCAGUAGUAGUACAAGACUGUAAUUCAAAUCACAGGUUUAUAUUAAUGUGCUUGUUCUAAUAUAACAGUGAAUUCACAAGAACAACACAUUCAGAGACUAAAGACAAAAUAAAAACAUGUCGUUAUUUAGCAAAGAUAAAGGUCUAAUUGUUGAUACACUAUAUUGACAAAAAUGGCUGAACUCUUAAUGCUUCAGCAUACCAAGACAUUUUGGACAAUUUCAUGCUCCCAACUUUGUGUGAACAGUUUGGGGAUGACCCCUUCCUGUUCCAACAUGACUGUACACCAGUGCACAAAGCAAGGUCCAAAAAGACAUGGAUGAGUGAGUUUGGUGUGGAGGAACUUCUCAGAGUCCUGACCUCAAUCUGAUAGAACACCUUUGGACCAGACCUUCUCAUCCAGCAUCAGUGCCUGACCUCACAAAUGUACUUCUAGAGGAAUGGUCAAAAAUUCCCAUAAACACACUCCUAUACCUUGUGGAAAGCCUUCCCAGAAGAUUUGAAGCUGUUAUAGCGGAAAAGGGCGGGUCAACUCUAUAUUACAUGUGCAUAGAGGGGUGUCCCAAAACUUUUGGCAAUAUAGUGUAUGAUGGAAGGACUCUCCGGUGUCAGUGCUUUGUAACUUUCUGGUUUUAACAUCAUGAGUCAAAUGUUUUGUUUUUUGUGUUUGUAGCUUCAACAGUAAUAAAAAGCGAGGCUGAGAAGGGAAUGACUUUAUAGCUGCUGUAUCAUAAGUGACAACAGGAACUAAAUUAUUUUGCAGAUGUUACACAACAUUACAUGUGACUAUUAACUGAUAAAACGUAUGACAUGUUUUUAAUUAAAUUAAACAAAUAAAAAAACACUGAAGACUUGCUGUGAUGCAAGAGGAAAAACACUUCAAGCAUACCUGCUGUGUUUUAUUCCUUGAGGA